AUGACAACAGAGCCCUCUGGAAAGCGCCCCAACUUCCUCGUCAUCGUUGCUGAUGACUUGGGCUUCUCUGACAUAGGCGCGUUUGGAGGCGAGAUCUCUACACCAAACCUUGACAAGCUCGCAUCGGCGGGUGUACGUUUGACGGGUUUUCAUACGGCUUCGGCAUGCAGUCCAACACGGUCGAUGCUCAUGUCUGGUACCGACAAUCAUCUUGCCGGACUAGGCCAGAUGGCAGAGACGAUUCGGCGUGUGCCAGCAUAUCAAGGGCACGAGGGUUAUGAAGGCGUCCUCAAUGAUAGAGUCGCAGCACUACCCGAGAUUCUUUCGGAUGCCGGCUAUACAACCUACAUGUCUGGAAAAUGGCAUCUCGGGCUCACAAAAGAGAGCACACCUCAUGCACGUGGCUUUCAGCAGUCUUUUGCGCUCCUGCCAGGCGCUGGCAAUCACUACGGCUAUGAACCUCAGCUUGAAGACGGUUCGCCGGCCAUCAAGUUCCUCCCACCUCUCUACUACGAGAAUGACCGUCAGCUCCAGCUGAGUGAGCUUCCCAAGCCUUUCUACUCGUCUGAUGUCUUUGCCAGCAAGCUCCUCGAACAGCUUGAACGGCGACAAGCCAAUCCGUCCGAAGGUGAAAAGCCAUUCUUUGCCUACCUGCCCUUCACCGCACCUCAUUGGCCACUGCAAGCUGAUCCUGCAAUCGUUGCAAAGUACAAAGGACUCUACGAUGAUGGGUUUGAGGCGUUGCGCAUCCGACGUCUAGAGGCUUUGGUCAAGCUCGGCUUGAUUGACGAAAAGACUCGACAGGCCGCUCAUCCAGCCGUCGAAGUGUUUGACCGCGACCCCAAAUGGGAUUCCUACACAGAUGACGAGAAGAGGUACAGCGCCAGGCUCAUGGAGACGUAUGCAGCUAUGGUGGAGACGAUGGACACCAACAUCGGUAGGGUCGUAGACCAUCUCGAAAAGAUCGGCGAGUUGGACAACACCUUGAUCCUCUUCAUGAGCGACAAUGGUGCCGAAGGUGCUCUUUUGGAAGCGUUACCGGUCAUGGGCCCUCACAUGUCUGAGGUUAUUCGUAAGUUCUACGACAACAGCUACGAAAACAUUGGACGAAGCAACAGCUUUACCUACUAUGGACCGCAGUGGGCACAGGCAGCUACUGCACCCUCGCGCAUGUACAAGGCUUGGAUUACGGAAGGUGGCAUCCGUUGUCCUGCAUUCAUCCGCUAUCCGGGCUUUGCCAAGCAGAACGGUAGCAUUGUCUCCAAUUUUGCCACCGUCAUGGACAUCCUACCUACGCUUUUGGAGCUAGCUCAAACACAGCAUCCUGGCCGCAUCUUCAGAGGUCGUCCUGUUCUAGAACCAAAGGGUCGAUCAUGGGUACCUUUUCUCAACAACGAAACGAAUCAGAUCCACGGCGAUGAUCAUGUUACAGGUUGGGAACUCUUUGGUCAGCAAGCGAUCCGUAAAGGAAGUUGGAAAGCUGUCUUCAUUCCUGCACCGAAUGGCCCCGAACGCUGGCAGCUGUACAACAUUGAAGAGGAUCCGGGAGAAACGCAGGAUCUGGCGCUGUCGCAGCCAAGCAUUCUUGAUAAGCUGAUCCAGCACUGGACAGAGUACGUGGCUGAAACUGGGACAAUCCUGCUGACGCGCUGA